UGGAGUGCACAGUGAAAACUCGUGGAUCAGACACUACACGUUAUUCCGCUCCGGCUCCACUACACGCUGGUGCGCGCGAGCGACAGAUAAAAUCGGUACUCGGUAUCUCAUCAUUUAUGUCACUUUGCAUAGGGACGGAAAAAAGUAAUUCCCGGAUACUGAUAGUGAUAUAUUGCACUUUUAAAAGCCGUGUCCUGUGAAGGCGUGUUCACUUGUCUGGAUCCUGUAGAAUAAACAGCGAUGGCUUUCAUGGUGAAGCACAUGAUCGGUGGACAGCUGAAGGACCUGACCGGCGGAUUAACGGAGGAGAAAACGGAUGGAGAGAAGGGAGAAGCUGCGGCUAAAGGCAUGACAGAAGACGAGUAUGAACAAUACCAACAGCAGCUGGAGGAGGAGAAGCGAGAACGAGAUGCCAGUUUUGCCCAAAAGAAGGCUGAAAGAGCCACAGUGAGAACUCAUUUCAGAGAAAAGUACAGACUCCCAAAGAACGAGAUGGAUGAGACUCAGAUCCAGGCUGCGACGGAGGAUGUGGAGCUGCCGACAGAGCUAGCGAAGAUGAUUGCGGAGGACAACCAGGAGGAAGAGAGCAAGCUCUCAGUGCUCGGGCAGCUGUCCAGCAUCCAGAACGUGGACAUCGACCAUUUGAAGGACAAAGCACAGACCACACUGGAAGAGCUGAAAAACACAGCAGAGAAGUGCUCGCUCAUGUGAACUUCUCUCUUUUAUUCCAGUACACCCUUUUCUCUUGUAUAACAUUGAAACUCCAAGCACACGUUUAUCUACGUCUGUCUCUUUAAUGCCAUGCUGAAGCAGAAAAGAUACACUUAUCACCUCUCCCUCUCUCCCAUCUUCUCUUUUUGUUUAUCACACAUCACUUACAUCGCAUUUACACACACAAUAGGAGCAAAUCUCAAAACACUGCCAAUUGCACCAGCUGCCAGUUCUGAUGGUAAGUCCGUGAAGGCUCCCCAACACACACGGACAGAUCUGUACAGCACAUACGGCCUCUCACACGUCCCACAUAUCCAUCUCUCCCAUCUGUGUGUCACAGCCAGUGCUGUCUUUGUAGAUUUAACAUCACUGCUGUUUGUUUGUGAAUAUUUUCAGACCUGGUGACUUUGCUCCAAGCUACGUUAAUAUUUACAUGGGGAAAUUUACUUCUUUAGCAUUUGGGUGUCCGGAUUCCUCUGGUCUGGAACACCAACUUGAAAUCUGAAAAAAUCAGGGAUAAAAAAAUCGACUGCAAAGGAAUCACAUUAUUCAGAUAUGAUGGUAGAUGAGCAAGAAAUUUUUGGUCAUUGUGAUGAGCAAAGUUUCUGUUUAUUCAUUCUUUAGUACUUUUCAGUUUAUUUAUCAACUAAAACAUACAUUUGCCCAAAAUGACAAUGUUCUUAAGUCUCACCCUCGUCUAGCAAAUCCCCUUUAUUCACUACUUCCAGAAGGCCACGUGACUAACUAUACAUACACCAAUCAUAUCUUAAAAAGGUUAAAGGAGCAGUUUGUAAUAUUUGCUUUUGAUAUGAUUUAAUAUAAUUUAUAUAAUAAUCUAAACCUUUAAAAAAAAAAAGAAAUAGGAGUCACAAUAACAGUGCAAUUGUUUAAGCUGAUUUAUUCAUACACGUUUCAGGGCCUGAAAUAAGCUCCGCCCCUAAACAGCUUUAACAAAGCUGUUCAGCUCUGCAAAUUUUCUUUUAAAGACUUUCUUAUCUUAACUGAGAAUAUGAGUCUGGUUAAGGGAAUAGGGGGAGGUUUGUCAAGGUUUUAAUUGUGAUUGUAAUUCCCUUCACUCCCAGUAGAGUGUGCAACAAGUGACAGAGUGUUUCUUUAAUAAUGAUGAUAAAAUUUCAUUUAAAAACUAUUAAGAUAAAGCAAUAAUGUAGAUACGAUGCGUCUACAUGGAGAUUUGAUAAAACUUGAAAAAAACAUGUCCAGUCUCUGUCUUAGAACAGAGACCGCUUGGUUUGAGCCAUACAGAUCUCUGCUUAUAGUCAUUUGACCCUGAUCUGAACUUUGAUCCCUAAUCUUUAUCAUCUUUUAUCUCCCACCCAGUGGUGCUGUCUUGUGCAGGUGAUUGUGUGUUGUCUACCAGCUACAAUGUGUUGUUCUUUCUGACUGUUCCCACUUUAAGAUCACUGGACACAAUAUUAUAUAUAUAUAUAUAUGAUCAAACUGUAUUUUACUGAACAGCUUGGCUCUCCAAGUUGAUAAUUUAUGGUUUGCAAUAGCACAGAUGAAGAUCAUUUUUGCCAACAUUUGUUUUGUGCUGUGUGCUUUGUGUAAGUCGUGCUAUGACAGUUGGUUGAAACAGUUUGUAUAAUUGCUGUUUUUUAUAAGCACCAGUGCAAAUACCUUGUGCCAUAGAGCAUUGCCAAGAGUCUUAAACAGUGUGUCUUUGUGCAUUUGUAAUCUGUAAGGGUGCAAUAUAAUCCUGUGUAUAUAUAGCAAUACAUAUACGGAAAGAUGAGAAAAGCAUGUUAAUGUUUAUUUAGGCUAUGUGUUUGUUUGUUUACUUAUUUAAAAUUCGUGACAUAAGAGCAUGAUUAAAUCCCAAAUCUAAAAUGUUUUAUUUUCUCCUCUGUAUAAUAAUGUGUAUUAUAUAAUAAUGUAUAAUAAGCCCCAAAUCUAUAGCCUAAAUCAUGGAUUAUGUUAAUUUUAUGAUUUCCGCUGUGGAAACUAUAAUAAACAUAUUUUUUUUUAAUUAUUCAUUCAUUCAUUCAUCUUCUACCGCUUAUCUGAACUACCUCGGGUCACGGGGAGCCUGUGCCUAUCUCAGGCGUCAUCGGGCAUCAAGACAGGAUACACCCUGGACGGAGUGACAACCCAUCGCAGGGCACACACACACUCUCAUUCACUCACGCACUCACACACUAGGGACAAUUUUCCAGAGAUGCCAAUCAACCUACCAUGCAUGUCUUUGGACCGGGGGAGGAAACCGGAGUACCCGGAGGAAACCCCCGAGGCACGGGGAGAACAUGCAAACUCCACACACACAAGGUGGAGGCGGGAAUCGAACCCCGACCCUGGAGGUGUGAGGCAAACGUGCUAACCACUAAGCCACCGUGCCCCCCUUUUUUUAAUUAUGUGUUUAUUUAUUUUAUUUGAUAUCAGACUUAUUAGACUAGAGUUACAAUACCAUCUUUGGCCAGCAGAUGGAGACAUUAUUGACUGAGGGAAAAGCGCAGUCACUAAUACAUGCAUUGUUUAUACAUAAUUAAUAUAUUCACAUUCAGUAAUAACACACACGGAGAUAUAUGUGGAUAUAAGUGAAUACUAUCAUGUCCUAAAUCACCUGUGAAAGCUUGUGUGUGUAUGUGUGUGUGUGUGUGUGUGUCCAUAAAAUAUAUUAGAAUUAAAGCAUUAAUAGAAACCAGCAAAGGAUGCAAAAAUUCAACAGAGGUAUAUUAAACACAGUAUCACUAAACACUUCAUCAUUGUUCAUGGAUAAGGAUGGGUCUGCAUUAUUCUCACUGGAAUUUGCAUGCUGUUGUUUAUCCAAACACACAAAAGCACCCAUGAUGAUCAGAGUAUCCAAUAAAAGUCCAUCAUACUCCUGAUAUCUGAUAUAGAUGCAAUCUACAGGAUAUUGAACACCCAUGCUGAAAACUUCAUUUUCAUUAUAUAGAACUUAUAUAUAGGGCCUGUUUUGUGUUAUAUAAUCAAGUUAUAUGACAUGCUGAAUGCUUAAUUCUGAUUGGUCAAGAAAUGUUGAUUAAUUUUCUAUAACAUCAGCUCAGACAAUAGUUCCAGCUAUCUGGAA